CGUGACGUUACGUGUGAUGGGUGGGAGGGCAGGAGCAGGGGCGCGGCGCCUAGAGGAAGGCGGGUCUGCGAGCUGCAGAGGCCAGAAACCCCGGAGCUCAAGAAAGCAAAAUGGGUGAGUUGCCCUUGGAUAUCAAUAUCCAGGAACCUCGCUGGGACCAAAGCACUUUCCUGGGCAGAGCCCGGCACUUCUUCACUGUCACCGACCCCCGAAAUCUGCUGCUGUCUGGAGCACAGCUGGAAGCUUCCCGGAACAUCGUGCAGAACUAUAGGGCUGGUGUGGUGACACCUGGGCUCACCGAGGACCAGCUGUGGAGGGCCAAGUAUGUGUAUGACUCGGCCUUCCAUCCGGACACUGGGGAGAAGGUGGUCCUGAUUGGCCGUAUGUCGGCGCAGGUGCCCAUGAACAUGACCAUCACUGGCUGCAUGCUCACCUUCUACAGGAAGACCCCGACUGUGGUGUUCUGGCAGUGGGUGAAUCAGUCCUUCAAUGCUGUUGUUAACUACUCCAACCGCAGUGGUGAUGCUCCCAUCACUGUGAGGCAGCUGGGGACGGCUUACGUGAGUGCCACCACGGGUGCCGUGGCCACAGCCCUGGGGCUCAAAUCCCUCACCAAGCACCUGCCCCCCUUGGUUGGCAGAUUUGUGCCCUUCGCAGCAGUGGCGGCUGCCAACUGCAUCAACAUCCCCCUGAUGAGGCAGAGGGAACUGCAGGUGGGCAUCCCAGUGACCGAUGAGGAAAACCAGAGACUUGGCCACUCAGUGGCUGCGGCCAAACAAGGAAUCUUCCAGGUGGUGAUAUCGAGAAUCUGCAUGGCCAUUCCUGCCAUGGCCAUUCCCCCCGUGAUCAUGGACACUCUGGAGAAGAAAGACUUCCUAAAGCGUCGCCUCUGGCUGGGGGCGCCCCUGCAGGUGGGACUGGUGGGCUUCUGCCUGGUAUUUGCCACCCCCUUGUGCUGUGCCCUGUUCCCCCAGAGAAGCUCCUUACCUGUGAGCAGGCUGGAGCCAGAGCUGAGAGCUCGGAUCCGUGAGCAAAACCCUGACAUCGAAGUGGUUUACUACAACAAGGGGCUUUGAGGGAGGGUCAGUCCCUGGCCCCUUCCCUCACCUCCUCGGGCUGCUGCUUUCCUGGAGCCUCACUCUCCCUCCCCUUCCCUUGCCCAUCUGCCUGGUACUGGGUGGGGUCUGGGUGGGGGAGCCGCCGGGGAGUCCAGCAGUCCAUUACGCUGAGAGAGGUGCCUCCAUCCAGCCUUUUUCUCUCCUUUCUGGUUUCAAAGAGCAGGGCCACACAGUCCCUUUCUGCUGGGCUUCUCUGUCUACGUGUGCACGUACACGAUACAUGUGCGUAAGAGUGUGUGUGUGUGUGUGUGUGUGUACGUGCUGUUCUGGAAACUAGGAACAGAUAUGCUGUCCUAGGGUAUCCCGCUAUCUGGCUUCUCUUGGCAUCUCGCCACCUGUCAGCCAGCCAGGCUACACGACUUUCCUGCCUCAACAGUUCCACUGGCCAAGUCAUUUCUAGCAGCACCUCGCCCCUUCUAGAUGCAGGAGGAGCCGUGGGAUCUCAGCGCAGAGACUGAGGGACACUAGCCAGCCAAACUGGGCCGACUUCUUCAGAAUUCUGGUUCCUAGCUCCCAAAGUUGACCUGGGAACUGGGCUGGCAGAGGAAGACAUGACAGGAUAAGGGAGAUAGGCAGUUUAGGCAUCCCCCACAUCCUGAAAUAGAUUACCUUCAUCCUCUCUCCUUUCUGAGAACAAAGGAGUGUCAGUAUCCUGUAGCACCCCUGCCAUCUUCCCAUCUCCCCCACACCAUAGUGUGGGCAUCCUUAGGGACAACCUUCAGAGUUCUUGGUCUGCUCUGACAUCAUAGACUCUACGCUACGGUCCCAACUCCUUCCUCACACCAAAAAGCCAUGAAGGCAGAGCAAACAUUCCCCCUUAAGAGCUCCCACUGCCCCCUCUUACAGAGGGACACAGCUGUGGGAAUGGUGCUUACCCUGCUCAGGUAUCUGAGUGGAUGGAUGUGACAAGGACACCCCCAAGGGCAACUAGGCCCUGAGUGUACAAUCUCAAGACAGGACACCUUGUGUUCUGUUGGCUCUUGUUAGACAUUCGGCAGAAGUCCGACCUUAGCUCCUCUUUUUUGAGGCUUAGUCCUGCUCCUACCCCUACUCCUGCCCUCAUCUCCCAAGAGGAAGAAGGGCCGGGGCAUCCACAGGGGGUCCAAAGGAGAGGUAGGCUUGGGAAUGGAAUAUAUGGUGAUACAUUCAUAGGGUACAGGGCUGGACCUUGACUCCAACUCCCAUAAG